GACGUCAACGCUGUUUAACUAACUUCUAUCAAACAGAGACAUAUAUGGCAUUGAUGCGCGCUAGAGCUAAACCCAAUCAUUUAAAGUAAGAAACCUCUGCCUACGGUUCUGUUAACUUCUUCAGUCUCACUUGAAUGGUCAAACUGUUUAAUUUAGUCAAAUAUACACACAUUCUACAGCGUCAACAUGCAUUUAUUGAGAAAAGUUACCUUUAGAAGUAUGUUGCCGGUUGUAUUGCAUAUCCACCACACGAGGACGCUGUUGCAAAAAAUGAAGACAGAAUACCUUGCAAACAGUAAAUGUGAGAAAACACAUCUGUGGUGUCUCUGUUAGGACACCUGUGUGAAAUGAAGGAUAGAUACCAAGAAGCUGACAAAAGAUGGCAUUUCUGAAGGAUGCGAUUACCUUGUUCUUCACCCUGUGGGCUUCCCUCCUUCAUGUAGCAUUAAUGUCCCUUUCUCUGGGGGCUGAAGCACCAAAAAGAAGCCAGUACAUCUGGAAAACAGGUGUAUGGGGUGGAUGUGUGGCCAGUGAUUGUGGUUCAGUCGGGCUGCAGAGUCGCUCGGUGUGGUGUGUUCAUUCUGAAGGCUGGAGCACACAUCAAUCCAGCUGCUUUCCAUCUGAUCGCCCGCCGCACCAGAGAGCGUGUGUGAAGAUGUGUGAGUGGCAAAAGGAUCUGUUUGAGUGGCGCUUGUCUCCUUGGGGUCCCUGCACCCCGAGUCCUCUUCUCCCAGUCAAUCGAUGUGUGACCGCUCAGCGUGGAGUACAAAGCAGAGGUUUGGUGUGUGUGAAGCGUACUAACGGCACCACGGUGAGCCAGCAUGUGUGUGAAGCAUUUUCUGCAGUGCCGGAACGAGAACAGGCGUGUUUGUUACCCUGCCCAAUCGACUGCAUCGUCUCCGCCUUCACCCGCUGGUCCACCUGCAGCCGCACCUGCGGGUCGGCCCUCCAGCAGCGCACCAGACACGUGCUGGCAGCGCCCCUGUAUGGAGGAGCAGACUGUCCCAGCCUCACCCAGACACGUCCCUGUAACCAUGACAACGCCCACCCUGCUCUCUGUCCCUCUGACCAACAGGAAUACAGUUACAAUUUGUGGGUGGGGCCCUGGAGCCCUUGCAGACUUAAAGGGACAGCACCUGUUGGAAAGACAACGGUGGACUUUGGUUUUGAAGUUGAUGGGAAAAAAACAGUCAAAGCUUCAUAUACCAUCAAAAGCCACAAUGAGAAUAAUCAUAAUCAAAACCAUUAUGAUGAAAGAGGCUGCAAAGUAUCCUGGGAAAUAACCGUUGGUUAUCAGACUCGGCAACUGCGCUGUACGAGGAGUGAUGGGAAGAAUGCCAUGCUAAGUCUUUGCGACCAUGACAACAGCCCCAUGAACUUUCGUUCAUGUGUGAUGCCCAGAGACUGUAGAGUGUCUGAUUGGUCGCAGUGGAGUCUGUGUUCAAAGACGUGUCGGACAUCUGAUCAAUCACCCGGCUUUAGAUUCAGGAGUCGCAGCCUGACGAGAGCAGCCAUUGGUGGAGGAGAGCCAUGUCCCAUCCUGGAGGAAAGAGCAAACUGUAAUGUUUUGAAAGACACACUGCCACUGUGCCCAAGGUAUGAGUGGAGGGUGACCAAUUGGAAAGCUUGCCAGGUGGUCCCACUUUUGAGUCAGCACGACCAUCGCCAUAGCAAUACCAGCAUCCUGUGCGGAGGUGGGAUCCGGACCCGAGAGGCAUAUUGUGUCAGGAUCCAUAACAUCACAGCACGGUCCCAUAUCAGUCGGCCUGUUGGCAGGAACUUGUGCACCAGGCCUUUACCGCCACUGGCUGAGUCCUGCUUCAUUCCCUGUCAGAAACAUUGUCCCCUCACACCUUGGUCACCCUGGGGACCCUGUCUCCAUGACAACGGUUUGGAACCUCAGGGGAGAAGAGUUUUCAGGACGAGAGCUCGUUCUAUAAUUAUGGAGUCUUGGGUGGAGUCCGACAGUUGCCCUCACGUCAGCGAAGCGAUGAUCUGUGAUGACCCUGUCUGCUUCAUGUGGAGGGUGACAUCACAGGGGCCCUGUGUCCCUCAAAAUGGAUCAUGUGGCCCAGGAUUCCAAGAACAGACUCUAGAGUGUUUUUCUGCCACAGGUGAGACGGUCCCUAGUGAUCAGUGUUCAGGAGAUCCUCCUCCAGUCCUGCAGUCAUGUGAGAUGCCCUGUCCUGGGGACUGUGUGUUGGGACACUGGGGUCCCUGGACUUCAUGUUCCCAAUCCUGCUCCAGUAAACACCAAGAAGGGAAACAAAGUCGCUCACGCCUUGUUCUGGCUCUUCCUGGAGAGCAAGGAAAGCUAUGUCCUCUGGCCCCUGAGCUGGUGCAGUGGAGAGCCUGUGGCACAGAACCAUGCACAGUGUACUACUGGGAUACUUCACCUUGGGAUCCCUGUAUGCCAAACACCAUCACAGUCGAGAGUGAAGGUAACAGUGCACCUCCACAGAUGGAGAAUGAUGCCACCUGCGGUACAGGGGUACAGAUGCGCCAAAUCACAUGCAGGAGAGCUGGGAAUGGACAUGUGCUGCCAAAAUGGUGUCCUGAAUCCUCUCGUCCUGACUCCAUCCGGUCUUGUCCUUUACCUUGCAACAUUGACUGCAUAGUCACACCAUUUAGCGAAUGGAGCGCCUGUCCCACUUCCUGUUUAUCAGUGAAUGCCAGUGCACCAACUCAGUCUCGUCACAGGAUCAUCAUCCAGAGACCUGCUAAUGGAGGUCAAGAGUGCCCAGAUACUCUUUAUGAGGAGAGAGAAUGUGAUCCACCCCCUCUGUGCCCAACUUACAGAUGGCAGACCCACCGCUGGCAUCAGUGCAUUCUGGUACCUGAUUGGGUGAGGCAGGCUGUGGGUGGGCCCACAGAGGCAUGCGGUAUUGGCCUAGAGAAAAGAGAGGUGACGUGUGUUGGUGCGGAUGAUUCUCCUGCAGAUGUGACGGACUGUUUGAGGUGGGCUGGACUGAUGCCCGUCCCGGUGAGGGAAUGUCGUGUGCCAUGCAGAGAUGAAUGUAGCUUCACCUCCUGGAGCAGAUUCACCGAGUGUCAAGGCUGUGGAAGUUGGCGCACUCGUACCCGAUCUCUGAUAGGUCGCAGUAAGAAGCGCUGGCGAUGCCAGCAGGAAGAGACAUUUCCUCUCCUGGAGAAAGAAACAUGUCCUUGUUCUGAGUUUCACACCCAGGCUCAGGGUUCCUGGUCUCCUUGUUUGCUCUCACCAGCAAAAAACAUUGCUGGCCAUCCUUUCAUCCAAGGAGUUUCCCUUCAAGGCCAAAAGACAGUCCAGGACUGGCGAGCUCAGAGGAAGAACAGCGAGUGUGGGCACGGGAAACACUACAGAGCUCUUGCCUGUCUGGAUCACCUGGGACGAUUGGUGGAGCCAGCUCUCUGUAGAAGCCCUGGUUAUGAAGAGGAAUCGUGUCAUGUAGCCUGUUCUACGGACUGUAAGCUAAGCGAGUGGUCGAACUGGUCCGCCUGCAGCGCCUCGUGUGGAGGGGGGGUGAAAGUUCGCUCUCAGUGGCUACGAGAGAAGCCUUUCAAUGGAGGUCGGCCCUGCCCAAAACUCGAUUACAAAAAUCAGGUGUCUGAGGUACUGCCCUGUUACUCUGAAUGCAGUCAGUAUGUGUGGGAAGUGGAGUCCUGGUCCAUGUGUGUCCUAAACCCACCAAACAAUCUCAAGAACUCUGGAUCAACCCAGCCUGUGUGCGGAGAGGGCUUCCGGACCAGCAAAAUCCAGUGCAUGAAAAAGGGAGGAGAAAAUCAGGAUGAGGUUGUGGAUGACUCGCUGUGUGACCAGGAGGAAAAGCCAAUCAGAAUCGAGACCUGUCUACUGCCGUGCCCCGCCCACUGUGUGACAUCAGAGUGGAGCCAGUGGACCAAAUGCACCAUGGAUUGUAAUGACGGUGAUUUGAGGUGGAGGAGUAGAAGUGUCUUGAGGUGGCCAGAAGGAGAUCAUACCUGCCCAGAUCUAAAUCAGACUCAAGCCUGUAUCAAUAUAACCUGUCUCAAAUACUCCUACGUUUACUCAGACUGGAGUAGCUGUCAGCUCAGUGAAAAUGCAGUGUGUGGCCAUGGGAUGAAGACCAGACUCCUGAACUGUGUCCGCAGCGACGGGAAGCUGGUGGAACUGAGCAUGUGCAAAGAGCUGGGUCCUUCACGUGGAAAGCUCUCUGCCCCCUGUGAGGUGGGCUGCCCUGUUAACUGCCUGAUUACAGAGUGGUCCACCUGGUCAGAAUGUUCACACUCCUGUGGAAACCAAAGUCAGAUGACACGGUCCAGGGUCGUUUUGCAGCCUGCCGGAGAAGGAGGUCAUCCCUGUCCAUCUCAGCUUUCCCAAACUCACCCCUGUCCCAUCAGGCCAUGCUACAGUUGGAGACUGGGGGACUGGAGACCGUGCAGGGUGGAGGGGGCCGACUGUGGCGAGGGUGUAAGUCGGAGGGAAAUAUCCUGUGUAGUGCACUGGGGUUCUCUUUCAGGUCCUCCUCAGCCCAUUCCAGUAGAGGAUAAAAUGUGUGUAGGAAACUCACAGAGCAAAGUCAGCGAGACUGAGUUACUGCAGCCCUGCACAAUCCCAUGUCCAGGAGAAUGUCACCUAACCAAAUGGUCACCUUGGAGUUUGUGUCAGCUGCUGUGUUUGGAUGGACGGAGUUUUGAGACAUGGGGUCGACAGGCUCGUUCUAGAGCCAUAGUCACCCAGGUCCCGGAGAACCAGGACACCUGUCCCAGCCAGAUGUAUGAGACACGGCCAUGCCGAGGAGGAACAUGUCUUAGUUAUGAAUGGAUGACCGGUGAAUGGAGGCAUAACCGUAGACUGGUUUGGUGCCAACGCUCUGAUGGAGUCAAUGUCACAGGAGGCUGCAUUGCUCAGAACCAGCCCUCUGCCGUACGACAGUGUCACCCUCCCUGCACCAAACCCUUCUCCUUCUGCACACAGAAUGAAGUCUGUGGUUGUGAGAAGGGCUUCACGGAGGUCAUGACCUCUCAUGGGUUCCUCGACUACUGUACCAGAACCCCAGGACUGGACCAUAAGAAGGCAGAUGUGAAGACCACCGCAGGUCGUCUUAGACCAGAGCACCACAUCCAGGACUGGGCACUGCAGCCUCUUGGACCAGAUGGCCGUGUCAAGUUGUGGGUGUACGGGCUGAUGGCGGCCGGGUUUUUUGUGAUCCUCCUCCUCAUCUUUAUGUCCUUUCUACUGUGUAAAAACCAAGAGGACAGUUCCAGCAGCAGUCCACAGAAGGCAGUGGCUCUGGCGUAUGAUGGGGACGUGGAUAUGUGAGCCCACUUUGAGUAUGCAAGGCUGAAACAUGCUUAAAACAGACAUCUGGCAUCCUUCAGACCACAAAACAUGGACCAUGAACAUUCACAGCAGCACACGAGCUGAGCCAGACCAGAGAUGAUGUUGACUGGAUGACUGAUGUUUAAACUGCGAGGCUAAAACUACUGGAGAACUUGAGAAAGUUCUCACACAGCCGAGACAGAAUGUGGCAUCAUGUCUACAGUACCAUAGCAUGAGUGUGUGUGUGUGUGUGUGUGUGUCUGUUUGCGUGUGUGUUUGUGUAUCAGGGUGCAAGGGUCUUGUUUAAUGUCCAUUAUGAGGAAAUAGUUCUCUAUGUUAAAGGUAUCAUUUACUCAUAAAUAAAUUUUUUCGUCCCCCCCCCUCUCAUUCCAAAUCUAUAUGACUUCUAUCUUCUGUGAAACACAAUUUUUUUUUAAAGAACAUCCCAGCCACUCUUUUUAAUUGAAUCACUUUUAUGAUGCCUAUGCAUCCUUUUUGAAGCUUUAAAGCCUUUGUCCACAUUCAGUGUUAAUGCAUGAAAAAGAGCAUCCUUAAAAACAUUUAAUUAAAGAUCUUUUAUGUUCUGCAGAAGAAAGUGAGUCAUAUAAUUUUGAAGUUACAUGAGACAGAGAUGAUGAUAGCAGAACUGUUAUUUUUGGUGAACUAUGCCUUUAAUGAUCCCUAAAAAGGGAUGGUUUCUGAUGCACUACAUUAGUGCCAUCUUAAGUACCAUAUUUAUUCAUUUAUGUUUUAAAACCUAUAAAGCCCUAUUUGAAUCCUUUAGGUGUUAAACAAUUCUUUUGAAUUUAUUCACCUUGAUCAUAUAUUAAAACGCUUCGUUAUCCUUGGAAAGGUUGUGACAUGUUCUUUUGUAAUGUGUAUGCUGUGAAUAUUUUCUAUCUGUGUCUUCGAGUGGUUUAUAAAUAAAUCUAAAAAU